AUGGAUGUGAGAUGCCAGGACUCAACUGACAUCGAGUUCUUAGUGGACUCCAACUACCUAGAGGAAUCCCAGGAUUUGAUGAAUUGGGAGGAGCCCACGCAGGAAGACCUGAUGGAGCCCGCGGUGCAGGAGGCCCUGAUGGAGCCCAUGGUGCAGGAAGCCCUGAUGCAGCCCAUGGUGAGCAAGAUCCUGGUGGAGCCAAUGGUGCCUGAGGACCUGAUGGAGCUGGCAGUGCAGGAAGAAAUGCAGGAGGACCACCCCUCCUCAGGCAUGGCUACCGGCUCCGGCACUCAGGUGCACCCAACCACAUUGUGCCACAUCGUCAGCAGUCCUGACCUCUGGCCUGCGGAGGAAACGUCCAGGAAGCAACACCCUGGGAAAGUGAAGCUCUCACUCUCAGAUGGCAGGGACACCAAAUGCUUCUGCUCUGCAUUUCAACUUUGCACAUUCACUGAGGAACUUGAGAACUCUUCCAAAGCCUCCACCCAGGAGCUGGAGCUGCAGAUGGAACAGCAGGAGGAGAAGCCAAAGAUGCAUCAGGAGGAGGAUCUGCAGGUACAGCAGUGGGAGGAGCUGCAGGUGAAGCAGUGGGAGGAGGUGCAGAUGGAGCAGAAAGAGAAGGCAAAGAUGCAGCAGCAGGAAGAGGAGCCAAAGAUGCAGCAGAAGGAAGAGCCACAGAUACAGCAGGAGAAGCCAAAGAUGGAGCAUCAGAAGGAGAUGCUUCAGGUGCAGCAGCAGGAGGAGGAGCUACAGCUACAACAGCAGGAGAAGUCAAAGAUGGAGCCACAGGAGAAGCUGCAGAUGUAGGAGAA